GGUAUCUAUUUUAGACAUAAGGAAUGCAUUUGUGACUAGCAAGGCAGAGUUACUUGAAGAAUUAACUUUGCUUCUCUUUGAAACAGCUUCAAAGCAUUGAGAGAGGUCAUCGCAGCUUUAACACUACUGAAGCAAAAUAUGGAAUGGGUUUCACUGGUGACUGAAUCCAGCCAAACGAACAGUAUUGACAGUAGCUUGAAAAUCACCAGUUAGCAGUUUCUUCACGCUCCAACACUGCACAGCACUUUCCAGAGAGAACUCAUUGUGUGCAAGAAAUCUGCUUUACAAAUCUGUCCUGGUACCCUACAGCUUUGUCUGGUUAUACACUUACAAAAGGCGAAACCUAAGAGCAGCCGGAGAAACAUGGAGGAAUACCUGUGGAUGGUUAUUGUCGGUUUUAUAAUUGCUUUUAUUUUGGCAUUCUCGGUUGGGGCAAAUGAUGUUGCCAAUUCUUUUGGUACUGCCGUGGGCUCUGGUGUGGUUACUCUGCGCCAGGCCUGCAUUCUCGCUUCAAUUUUUGAAACUACUGGCUCAGUGUUACUAGGAGCAAAAGUAGGUGAAACGAUUCGUAAAGGUAUCAUUGAUGUGAACCUAUACAACAGCACUGUGGAACUACUGAUGGCAGGAGAAGUCAGCGCAAUGGUUGGUUCUGCUGUUUGGCAGCUGAUAGCAUCGUUCUUGAAGCUACCGAUAUCUGGAACUCACUGCAUUGUCGGUGCCACUAUUGGAUUCUCAUUAGUUGCAAUCGGCACAAAAGGAGUUCAAUGGAUGGAGCUUGUCAAGAUUGUUGCUUCUUGGUUUAUCUCCCCAUUGUUAUCUGGUAUGAUGUCUGGUGUGCUGUUUCUGCUGAUUAGAUUCUUCAUCUUAAAUAAGGAAGACCCUGUACCCAAUGGUCUUCGAGCCCUUCCAGUCUUCUAUGCUACUACAAUAACAAUUAAUGUGUUCUCUAUAAUGUAUACAGGUGCCCCGGUCCUAGGAAUCGUUCUUCCUAUGUGGGCAAUAGCGCUAAUAUCAAUUGGUGUAUCAGUAAUAUUCGCUAUCUUAGUCUGGAUAUUUGUGUGUCCAUGGAUGAAAAGAAAAAUAGCAAGUCGGUUAAAGAAAGAAGGGGCAUUAUCAAAGAUAUCUGACGAAAGCCUUGACAAAAUACAAGAUGAGGAUACACCUGUCUUUAAAGAACUUCCUGGUGCCAAAGCAAAUGAUGAAAGUACUAUUCCUCUUACUGCCUCUGGAACAGAAGAGGCUGGUGUAUCAGAUAAUAUAGCAAAUGGGAGCCAUCCACGUGUGCCAUAUGGAAGAGCAUUUUCAAUGACACAGACUAUGGUGAAAUCUCCUAUUUCCAACGGCACCUUUAAUUUUGACGGCCACAUGAAGAGCGAUAUUCAUGUGUAUCACACUGUGCACAAAGACUCGGGAUUGUACAAAGACUUACUGCACAAAAUACACCUAGACAGAGGCAGCGACAACCGGCCGACGCAAGAAAACAACUACAAACUGCUGCGGCGCAACAAUAGUUACACUUGCUACACAGCUGCCAUCUGUGGGAUGCCAGUACAUUCGUCCUUCAAGGCUGCUGAUACGUCAACCCCAGAAGAUAGCGAAAAGCUAGUUACAGACACGGUUUCCUAUUCCAAAAAGAGGGUUCGUUACGACAGCUACUCCAGCUACUGCAACGCCGUGGCAGAAGCAGAAAUCGAAGCUGACGAAGGUGGCGUGGAGAUGAAGCUGGCAUCUGAGUUAGUAGAUCCUAGCCACCCCCCUGAAGACCCUGCAGAGGAUGAGAGAGAUGAGAGGGACUCCUCGCAGGUUCACCUGCUUUUUCACUUUCUCCAGAUCCUCACAGCUUGCUUUGGAUCGUUUGCUCACGGAGGCAAUGAUGUCAGCAAUGCUAUUGGCCCCUUGGUUGCCCUCUGGCUUAUUUAUGACCAGGGUGGCGUGCUGCAAGAAGCUCCUACCCCCGUAUGGCUGCUCCUUUACGGGGGCGUUGGCAUCUGUGUGGGCCUCUGGGUCUGGGGGAGAAGAGUGAUCCAAACAAUGGGAAAGGACCUCACACCCAUCACGCCAUCAAGUGGAUUCACUAUUGAGUUGGCUUCGGCGUUCACAGUUGUGGUAGCUUCCAAUAUUGGACUUCCUGUCAGUACUACACAUUGCAAGGUUGGUUCUGUGGUGGCAGUUGGUUUACGCUCCAAGAAGGCUGUUGACUGGCACCUCUUCCGCAAUAUCUUUGUCGCCUGGUUUGUGACUGUUCCCGUGGCUGUUUUCAGCGCUGCCAUCAUGGCUCUCUUCAUGUACGCCAUCCUGCCGUAUGUCUGACAUCGCUGCUCCUUCCAUGGAAGAAGGUGGUGCCUCUGAGAUCUCUCCUCGAGAAGCAGGGGUCUCCCUCGAGAGCGCAGAGCUCCCUAUUUAAACCAUGCAGUAAGAGCUAAUCAGCAAGGAUUUGUCGUCAGAAUCUAACAUCUGCUGUACAUAACAUCUGCUGUCAUUGGUGACAUAACAUGUGGUUGCCGUUUUCUUAUGUAUUAAAGAAAUAUAUAUAUAUGCUACAGUAGGUAACACUACCUUAAGUUAUAAGUGAGUUGAAAAUAAUUGCCUAGAACUAAUCCCUAGUGAAACUUGUACAUAAUGUAUCAUUCAGUAGCCUUUUUUUUUUAAUCUUUUAAAAGAAACCUGGGAUGUGUUUGUCAGUUUGAUAAAUGAUGAAGCAAUGUGCCAAAAGAUGAGAUUCUUUUUUUGUAAAAAAAUAAAUAAAUGCUGUUCAAUGAUACUGGAAGCAUAGUGCAGAAGUACAUUGGCAAAAACUUGGUUCAUAUCAUAUUUUUGUGUUAAUACUGUAUGAACAUUGAAUUUGUAAAUACUUACAAAAUGUAACUUUUUAAUGGUGCAUUUCCCUCAUAUAUUUUGGAUAAGAAAGUUUAGAAAGUACCAAAGAAGGGGGGAUAGCUUGUCAGUAUUAUAUUUGUCUAUCUGUGUGCUGUUUCUCUCUCUCUCCUCUCUCUCUCUCUCUCUCUCUCUCUCUCUCUCUCUCCUCAUCUGCAACCCAUUUAACUUUCUAAUUAAAGUUAUUUUCUACCAGUCAGUCACCAGCAAAGCCAGGAUAGUAUCGCUCAUGUUUUACUGUAACAGGUAAAGUGUCGCACUGCUACAGUCUAUAUAAAAAUAUCAUCCACAAAGGAUUUAGUAAAAGCUCAGCUUCGUUAUGUGUCAAACCUCAAAUCAAACAAGUAUUUUCCACCCCUUGUAUAUAGGUCCAAGUCUGCUCUCAAAACAGCCAUCUGUCAGCAAGCUCGGGGGGGGGGGGUGAGAAAGAUGGGAUUUCAGAGAGUUUUUGCAUUGCUUUUUCCUGAUGCACCCAGUGUCAGCGGUAACGUGGUAGCAUGUAGAUUGGUGGUGUUAUGCCCGGUGUCUGAAAGGAAGCAAUCUAGGAUAGUUUGGGGUGCUAACCAACAGUUGAUGGACAGUGUUUGGUGGUUAAGAUUUUUAUACUACAGUUACCCUCAUAACUGGAGGAGGAGUGAAUACAAGAACCAUUUCUGAUCAAGUGUCGGAGCAUGUGGAAGGAAUCUAAGCUACAGCUCUCCGUGCCAGUUCAGUGCUCGUAGGGGAAGGAGCUGCAGUGUAGGGUCCUCUGCUGUUGCCUAGGACUUAGGACAAGGGUGCCUGGGAAAAAUCACAUUGCAACAGCUUCAGAACUGCUAAAGGCAGUGCCCGAUACUCAGAAACGUGUUGUCCCUUUUUGAAGAGGCAUCCUAGUCUGCCAGUCAUAUGAAGACACUACUGAAGAGGCCUACAAGGUCUCUGGCCCUAGAACUGCAAUUUGUCAUAAUUUGGUAGAUAUACAUGGAUGAAUCCCCCCCCCCCUUUACUAGUGUAAAGGGACCGUAUUACCUGCAGACAACGGAUUGACUCCAGUUCCUCUUGCUAUGGGAACCUUGAGUAUAGGUGUCUAGGUUGGAUUUACUGGAGUGGGCUUGAGGAGGUCAUGCUUGGAGAAUGUUGGGAGCCUAGGACUGUUGAAAUGCUGCUAAAAAAAAAUGAUACAUGAGCUUUCUUGGUACGCCAUUGUGAUCCUUUUUCAUUGGUCAUUCAUUCUAAAUUUAUAAUAAAAGAAUACAUUGCCCUAGAA